UAAGCCGGUGUCGAAAUGACGGAAGACCAAAAAGUGUCGAAUAAACCUAUAUUUAAAUCUGCGGCAUGGCAUCUGAGCAGACAGUCUAAUAAGAAGCGCACUUGGAAAAGUCUUAAGCAAAUUAUAUCAUCCGAGAAGACCCUGCCUUGGCCUGAACAGGCUGUUCAUUACAGUUCCAUAAAUGGACCCCCAUCUUUUAAGCCGCCGGAAAAAUUCUCAGAUUUAUCGGGGCUGCCCGCCCCCUAUACCGAUCCUCAAACUAGGUUGAGAUAUGCAAAUAAGGAGGAGUACGCUACAAUUAUUGAUUUGCCAAUGGAUAUUACAGCAGGGUAUCUAGCAUUACGUGGUGCAACCAGUAUUGUUGGGUGAAUACCCUUAUGAUACUUGUUAGUGAAAAUAACUUGUGAUAAUAAAGGGAGUUGUGGUAAAUGUUAAGCAAUGAUUAUGUUAAUUAUCUGUUUUAAUAUAACUUAAUUAUUUUAUUAAUUCAUGUAAAAUUUCAAUGCAAAAAUUCUAGAAUGUAAUGCUGGAUUUAUAUUGUCUGUAAGAGUUACUUAAACUUAAGAAGUGAUACAUUUUUCUUAUUGUAAAUAAGAUUUACAUAUUUGGUAACCAUGAAGAAUUUAUCAUGUAUAAAUCAUUGUAUAAAUUAGUGGGAAAAUUUGGAAUGGUUACUUUUUUGAUAUUUUGGGACCCGGUUUAAAAUUUUUGUUUUUGUUUUCAUAUUUUCUUAAGUGGAAUGUUACUAUUCCCAUUCCUAUUCUAUCUGUUGCGCGUCCCUAUUGUUUAUGGCCAGGACGCUGCAUUCAGACCUUUCGAUCCCGCACGUCUUCACUUCCUCCCCUAGAAGGGCCCUGUACUCUCGAGGAAGUAUAGUACCUCAUGGGUAGUUGGAUAGUUGCCUAUCAACGUCCAUAAUCGCCCGCAUCUGAAACAGAGUUCACUUUAGGUCCUGCAGCGUAGAGUGUCCCUCAAUUAGAACCAUUUACUUCCUCAUUCACAGCAAAGUUUCAAAGUGCAGAGCAAACUGCCUCUCAAGCAGUUUAUUCAGCCCACCAUUUUGUACCUUGUUUGUUAUUCCAACGGAAACCGGCCUGUCUGCCAUUUCAUUGGAUUCAAUACCCACAUGAGCAGGUACCCAGACUUGAUUGACAGAAUUACAUUCCUUCAGUCUUGUCAUAUGCAUCCAUAUUUGUCUUGUCUCUCUUCCUAAAGAAUAAAAGUACACAUU